CAUCAACUUGUGUAUGUGUGUUUUUCUUACAGCACUAUGCGACUGCUAGUGGUGCUGUUCUUGCCUACUAUCCUGAUUGCUGCCCUGGCUGGCUGCAGGAUGGUGGAGGCAAAGCUGCCACCACCUGACAAGUCCUACAAAUUCCUGGUUGCCAUCCCUGCAGUCAGAAGGAACCACUGGAAUAUGUUCAAGCCUCUCCUAAUAGCACUGGCUAACCGUGGACAUAAGGUGGUGACGAUACAGACCAUGGCUGCAGCCUUCACUCACCCCAACAUCACUGAGGUGGUGGUUCCCGUACCAAGUACCACCAUAGCCAGCAGGUUCGACGUACUUCAUGAUCCAGCAGGAGCGAUGGUGCUACUGGAGGUGUAUUUGGUGCCGCUGGUGUCCAGAUUCUACUCUUCACCAAAGGUUAUGCAACUCUACAACACAAGACACGAAUUUGACGUAGUUAUGACGGACCAUCUUUUCAAUGAGAUAGGUUACCCUUUUGCUGUGGGAAUGCCGUUCAUCACCUUGGCCACUGCGGGCGUGGAUCCGCAUCAGAGCGCCAUCAUGGGCAACGUUCUCAAUCCUGCGUACGUGCCCAACGCAUUCUUCAACUAUCCAAGACCUUACUCUCUCUUUGACCGCCUCCACAACCUCUACACAAUACUGCACGAAGGUGGUUACUGGCGUGUCUGGGGUAUGAUGCCCAAGAUACAGAGAGAGACAAUGGAAGACGUUGACCAACCAAGGAACACUGCAGCUUCUAUCAAUUCCACCGAUAUCUAUGUCCGAAGCGUGUUGAGAACAACCAUAGCUCUAGCCCUCACGUUACCAAAUGAAGCAAGUAUGUUACGAUUUCUUGAGAUUGAGUAUCGGGAGAUAUUGCGUAAAUUCAUUGAGUCACAAGUAAGGCCAGAAGAAUCCAACAAGUAUUGGCGUCGUAGCUCGAACCGAGGAUACGACCACACUGAUGGUCCAAAUAUAUUUAAGGGCAUUAAGGAUUAA